CAGAGUGGCAUUUGUACUGGCAGGCUUGUUGUUCAAUCGAUGACACGCCUGUCCAGGUCCCACAUUAUCAAUAUCACCAUUUUUGGCUCAUGUUGACGACUGGAGGUGAACGCCCACUUGUACCAAUGGCGCUCCUUUCAGCGGCAAAACUUGCCGCCCUCAUUGGCAUCUUUUGCUCCGUUGUCGCCGUCGAAGGUCGUCCCGAUGUUCAUAACCACUUUGACUUCCCAGGGUCUGGUCAGGGAGCGCCUGUCGCUCAGGGAGUGCCGGACGAUGUUCGCGACUGGAGACCAUAUCAACGCUACUACCUACAUAUCCACGGAAUCAUCGCUGCCCUCGCCUUCGUCAUCCUUUUUCCUCUCGGUUCCAUCCUUAUUCGCUUGCUUCCCCGUCGUAUGGCCCUCUUCGCCCAUGCUACUUGGCAACUCUUUACGCUACUUGUCUAUAUGGCCGCCGUUGGAAUCGGUAUCCACCUUAUCAAACUGAGGCCCGACAUGAUGAGAUUCGGACGUAUGAACUACCACCCAAUCAUCGGCAUCUUCGUCCUCGCCCUCCUGUUCAUUCAACCCCUGGUUGGUAUCUUCCACCAUAAGGAGUACAAAGUAAAUCGCCGCCGCGGACUCUGGUCAGCCCUUCACCUCACAAUCGGAAGGAUUGCCAUCACGGUUGGAAUUAUCAAUGGCUAUCUAGGCCUGAUCGCAGCGGACGAUACAAGAACGAAGGUCAAGGCAAUCUAUGUCGCUGUCGCGCUGGCCCUUUGGAUACUAUGGACUGCCAUGUCGAUGUGGUGGGAGUGGAAAAGGCAUAGGCGGGAAAGGUCCGAAAAGGAGCUGGAGCGUGCCCUGGCCGAAGAUAGGACAGGCGUUGGAGCCAACCGCGGAAUAAAUGGGAUAGGAAAUAGAAGGCCGGUCAAUGAUCAGAGCGACACAAGGGCGAGGGAAGCACUUAGGAAGGCUAAGAGAUCGAGAGUUUGAGGUUAAUGGGGUUCGAUGUCGGAGUUGAUCGUGUGACGAGUCCGUGUUGUUGGAGAUAGUUUGAAGUCUUGCCCUUUUAAUGACCUCGAAGGAGUCUUGGCGUUGUCCGGCCCGCAUCCUGUUAAAGAACAGACGAUAAAAAUAGCUUUAAACAUAAUUGUUAUCCACCGAACUAAAAUGUCUCACCAGACCAUUCCGUGAAUAUCACUGCUGUUGUGUAUGAUCUCCAGCCCGCCACGUUUCGCCUAGUUAAAUGACUUCAUUUGCUUCAUCACACCACCCGCCUUGCUCUUUUCCCUA